AUGGGUUUACCUCCACUCUCCAAGGACCAACUCUCCGCGGUGCUUACAUCUAGCCGUUCACCAACAGAACUCUAUAACACAUUGUUAGAGUAUGAGAGCGAGGCCUGUUUAAAGCCUAGCAACGAAUCAGAACUUCUCAGCCUUUUCUACUCGACUUUUUUCUUUUCGCAUCUUCUCACAGACCAAAUCGAAAGUAAUAACGUUCUAUUCAAUAGAUACGAAGCUCGCGCAAUGACCCAAAGAAUGCCGCAAGAGCUGGCACAAACUGAUCCGUCACUACAAAAUUGCUUGACCCUUCUACGGGCUGUUUGGCAGAGGAAAUACGAGUCGGUUUAUAAGAUCCUGAGAGAGCUGCCCUGGCCAGAGCUGCUGCGUCCGGCAGUUGAAAGCUAUAAGACAUAUUUUCAAGAGAAGACAUUGAAAGAAGUUAGCCAUGCCUACGAAGCGAUACGACCCGCAGCGGCUGCAAAUUAUCUCGGUCUUGAUGCUGCUGCGGCAGAGCAGGGUGACCCCGCCAUUAUACAGAAACUCACUGCAGUUGGAUGGACGUGGGAUGAAAGUACAAAAUUACUACAUCCGAAACCCAUUCACGUAACCCCAGAAAAAGAUGCUCGCUUAUACGAUGACGUGAGUAAAAUUAUGGCGCUGGUUGGGAAAUAUGGAGGGUAA